AUGACUGAUAUAGAAAAUGCAGCUGACAUUAUACUAAGAAAAUUAUCAUUUACAAGUUUAACAAGUGAAAAUCGAUCAAGAACCACUUCGAUUGUUGAUAAUCUUGCUGUUGAUUCUCAUACUUCUAUAUCUUCUAUUGUACCGAUAGUCAUCGAUGAAACCAAUGAGAAUGAGGAAGACAUCCCACUGUUUCAAAUUCGACAAGUCUAUAAAAAUUUAAUAAUCAUCUCAUUAGGAUUUGUAAUAAUGUACACAGCCUUUACUGGCAUAUUAUCACUUCAAUCAAGUUUAAAUGCAAAAGGUAAUGUUGGUGUUAAUUCUCUCAUCGUUAUCAAUAUUUUUAUAUUAUUUAGUGCAAUUUUUCUUACGGGUAUUUCAAUUGAUAUUUUUGGACUUAAAUGGACUAUUAUUAUCGCUGAAAUUGCUUAUAUUUUAUAUAUUAGUGCUAAUAUUCGACCUACACCAAUAUUCAUGUAUGUCAGUGCAGCUUGUCUUGGCCUUGCUUCUGCACCAUUGUGGACAUGCCAAGCAACUUAUAUAAGUUGUAUCGCACAUUAUCAUGCACAUCAUAAACAAAAAAAAGUUGCAGAUAUUGUUAGUUUAUUUUUUGGAAUUUUCUUUGCUAUUUUUGGUACAAGUACUAUUUGGGGAAAUUUAAUAUCCUAUUUUAUACUUAAUCAAUCAAAUAAUCCAGAGAAAUUUAAUUGUGGUGUUUAUUUUGAUCCAUUAUCAAAGAACGAAACUAAUAAAGCUCCGAAUGUUAGUGACUUAACGCGUUAUGUUUUGUGUGGAGUAUUUGUUGGAAUGGGUAUUGUUUCAAUGAUUCUCUUGUUGUUACUUGAUCAAAUUCGACCCACUAAGCCACAACCUGUUGCACAGUCAUUAAAAAGGGGUCUUGAAGUUGUUCAAUCUUUUUUUCGAUGGGAAAAUAUUGAUCAAUUACUUCUUAGUCCAUUAACAAUGUGGACUACAGUUGAAAAUGCUUUUAUAAUAGCACAAUUUACUCGAGCAUUCAUUACUUGUCUUGUUGGUAUUCGCUAUAUUGGUCUCGUAAUGAUUUGUAAUGGUAUAUGUAAUGCAUUGAGUAGUUAUAUUUUUGGUGAUCUUGUUAAAUACAUUGGUAGAAUUGGAUGUUUUAUAAUCGCUGCCAUACUUAAUUAUGUGUCGAUUAUUGUCAUGUACUUUUGGAGACCACUUGAAGAUCACAUGUAUGUCCUGUUUAUUAUUGUUGGUGUUUGGGGUAUUGCUGGUGCUGUUUGGCAAUCACAAGUCGUUGCUGCUUAUACCGUCCUUUAUUCAGAAACUGAUUCAAGUGCUAUAGCAAAAUAUCGUCUUUGGAAAGCAAUUGGUUCUCUUGUUACUUACGGUUAUGCUAGCUAUAUAACUAUUGAACUUACACUUAUCAUUCUCUUUGUCUUUUUAACAGUAAGCAUGAUUUUGUGCGGUAUCAUCGAAAUUCAUGUACGGUGGAAACAAAACGCACAACAUCCAGGUGCGGUUACUAAUCAGUGA